UCAUUUUUCUCUCUCACGACCUUAUAACAGAGUUGACAUUAGGCAAACAAUUCAGAGCAUCAAAAAACGAUGCGUGUUACGUAUAUUCAUCCUCGACUUCAGUGAAACAAAAUGAUACGAACAAUCCUCAAACUUGCCUAUAAUCGGCAAAAGUCGCUUGCACGUAAUUAUGUUCGCCGUGCGCGCAAUCCUGGCGUAGACCGCCGUAUGGCACUGCUGAAAGACGAUUCUUUGCAAACUAAUCAUCAGGCGGAUCUCGAACAGCUGGAUGAUGCCGAUUUCAGCCAGGUUCAUAAAUCACACAAACAGUACGAGAGGGAAACGCAACAGUACCGUGAGCGACUUCAGAGCUGGAUCGUUGGUAACAAAUACUUUAAAACUAAGCAGCUAAACUUUCUGACUUGGUCCGAAAAGGAGCAGAUCCGCUAUCUGCACAACUUUGACCCGGAACAAUGGAGCAUCGAUAAACUGGUGGAAAGCUUUCCUGCAGAUCGCUAUACAAUAGCCAAAAUUGUGAAAGCGAAAUGGAUUCCACGGGAUGCAAAUCGGAUUCAGCAGCACGACGAGAGCGUGCGUGAUAAUUGGGAAAUGUUGAAAUCAGGUCGAAUUAAGAACAUCGAUAGUGGUUUCGCCGAACAUCUCAAAAAGUUUAUCCAUCGCAACUUUCAGGAGGCUAAGAAGCCAAAGGUGGAAAGCAAACGUCUUUACGAAAUUCAACCUCUCCCGGAAGAUGGAGAAUUCUCACGAAUAAUCACUAGUUGCAAAAAAUACAAUACCUGUCUUGAACAACAGGAUGUGCGAAAAAUUGGAGAGGGCCAACAAACUACGCACGUUCCGGAAAUAUCUGCAAAAGCUCCCGACCUGGAAACAUUUGUCAUGGGGGAAAUAGUUGAUCGCCGCCCUCGUACUUUGCGACAGAUGAAUCAAAACCUGUAUUCUGAGUCUGUGUCCAGUGCGGUGGAUGAUCCAAAUCUUUCUGGCAAGUUGGAGACUCCUCAUCAAAUACUAAACAUAAAGAAAUAUGAAUCCGAAGUGACAACGUUCGAUGCGAGUGAUAAUUCAAAGUAUGUGAAAUCAGAUAGUCCAGAUUUUGUUAAAAUACCAAAGAAGUUGUACAAAAAAGGAGUCACAUAUCAACUAGAUGAUUGUUUUUAUGACGAUGAUGGCGAGUUUUUGUACAGAGUGCCUGGCAUGACUGGAAGAACGAAUCGUUGAUAACGAUUAUCUAUGCACCCGCCCAACCACUAUUGCAAGAGGUAAACUGUUACAAUUAUAUUUCUUGAGACAAAAGUAAAAGUUACAAGUUGAUAUAAAUGUUUCUUGAACGAAAGAAUCCCUUGAAAAUCUUUAUAGUAUGAAAAAACUGUAGCAUUGGUUAAUCGAGAGUUUUGUAUAUUUCU